GCAACGCUGAAGCUAGAUCAACAUAAUCUGAGCGAUAUAGUAUUUCUAUGAACUACACUUGUUGCGUCCUUCGUAGCGGUAAAUCUCUAAAGAUCGGGUGCACUAUUGAGCACCACGAUCACGCUAGUAUGUAGGUGGGCCGUCCCCCUCGGUCUCUCGGCGAAGAAACUUUUGCCUGAGCCACGCCUCUCUACGAAGCAGCUUUUGUAUUAGUCACGCCUCCCAGCGUCGUAAUGUCUUCGCUCUCGUCUUCGGUAGGCGCACUUGUGCGUUAUGUUGCAAACCACAAGCACUUACUUUGCCCACGGUCAGUAAAGAAGUUCUUCCUGGUCAGUCGGAGAGGGCAGAAAAGUUGAAUGGAAUAUAUACAGAAUGCAGC